AUGGCACAACCAAAUGAAGGAGGGGGCCCCACUGUAAUCAAUCUAGAUUUAGAUUCUGAAUUUAAUGGCAUGAAUGAACUUCCACCAUGGGUUAGAGACGCUAUAGAUCGAGCUUUAAGUGCCACUGGAUUAAGUUUUAAGAAGAAGCUGGCGUCCGAAGAAGUGAUAGAAAAUUUACAACAAGUACAGAACCCAGUCGAUAAGGAAUGUCCAAUUUGUUACGAUGCAUAUGUUCAACAAUCCAUGAGCGAGAAAGGGGAUACUAAUGACGAAGUAUCGAUGGAUCAACAGCCUAAAGUUCAUACAGAAGAAGAUAAUACAUCAUUUAAUGAUCCAUCACUUUUUUUCCCGAUCAAUGAGGUUGCCACUGUAUAUUCUAGAUUCCCCAUGAAGAAUUUUUACACCAAAAUGGAACCUUCCAUUGAACAAGUGAUACCAGGGUAUACCGAAAAUGAAGAAAAGAAAAGGAAAAAGAAGAGAAAUUCAAAUGAUGCAUCAGAUAAGGAAAAGGAAUUUCCUCAUAUCCCAGUGAAAAUGCCUGGAUGUAACCAUAUAUUUGGGAAAUCGUGCAUUGUAGAAUGGCUCAAGAGUAACGUUAGUUGUCCAUUAUGCCGCAAGGAAGUUGAAAGUAGUACUGCAGCUGACCCAAUUAUAGCUAAACGGAGUAGAAUCAGAGAAGAAAGUAACUUCCAUUUUCAAGAUUCAGAUCAAAACGAAGAUGAUUUGGUGGAGUACAUUGUGAAUAGACUGACAGAUGUAUUCCAACCAUUCAAGAGACCAAUGAACCCAAGAGUGACCCCAUUAACCGAUAGAUAUGUUCCUCAAAGCUGGUCUCAAAGAAGAGUUGCAGGUGAGUCUAAGACUUCUCUCAACACCCGGGAUCCAAGCUUGAUACUUCCAAGAAGAUUUCCCUUACCUGAUAUGAAUGAUUUCCCAUUCCGUACUGGCAGAGUGUCUACCACACCUCCAACGGCCACAAAUAUUUUGGGUGACUUACCAAUAAUCAGCACAACUACAGAGCUAACUCCGACAGUUGCCGUGCCUACAUCCGAUAUACGGAACGAUCCCGAUUCGGAAUUACAAGAGCCAUUACUUCCGCGCCAACUCCUGAGUAUGUUUGCGAGAGGCGGGGGGCCUGAGAGAUCGAGUCGGAGUUCUUCGGCUAGCAGAAACCAUCCUUACUCAAGACCUGAUGAAUUAUAA